AAAUAAUAAAAUAUUCCAAUCCCAAUGAAUUUUAGAGAUAGAUCAGCCUUAUUAAAGGAGCUUGAGGAAGAAUGCGACUGUUCCAUAGUAGAUUCAGAGAACGCAAAGAUCAAUCACAUUGAAGAGAGUAAUUACUCUCCUUCCCAACCUCUUAGAAAGAAAUUUCUUGAUGAAUGUGCAAAGAGCUUUGAUCACCAAGUCGACCUGAUUACUCCUGAAAGUAAUGGUGAUAAACUCUGUCCUUACUUUGGGUUAACUGAAAGAAAAUCUAAGAAUCAAAGAAAGACUCACCAGAACUUACCCACACUUUCUCUUAGUAAGAACGAGACAUCGGUUAACAUACUCAGAAAAUUACAACAAAAACUAAAAGGAACGAAAUGUUAUAAGAGUUCAUAA